AUGCAUCCGUUCAUUGAUCAUUGCACGGUGAUGGACGGCUCCUGCACGCCUGCAACCGGCACCUCAGCACGUUACAUUCUCGCAGCAGCUCCCGGACAGGUCGGGCUCAGAGAUGGGAGAGGAGCGGAGGCUGCUCUGCCUCUGACACACCGGGACGGAAGGAUGGCUCCAACCAGCCGGGACAUGCUGCUGUGCUUGAUCGGAACCGCCUGCCUCUGGCUGCCGCUGCUGGCGGAGGUGGUGGCUGAGGACAGUUACUUAAACGAGGUGCAGAACUCCGUGCCUCUGUCCUGCUCUGAGGGAUUCACAGAGUUGGGAUACUACAACGGCACCGUGUCCCAGACGGACUCUGGCGCCCCCUGUCUGAAGUGGACCGAGUUUCCAGACUACGUGAUGCAGUAUCCGGGCCGAGGGCUGGGCGACCACAGCUACUGCAGGAACCCGGACCGAGAGUCCAACCCGUGGUGUUUCUUCAGACAAAACUCUGGAGCCAUCGGGUGGGCCUACUGCGACUGCCACCAGGGUGCAGCUCGUCUGGUGGGCAGCUCGACCUCCGGCAGCGGGCGCGUAGAGGUCUAUCUGAACGGCCAGUGGGGGGCGGUGUGUGACUCCCACUGGUCGGACAGAGACGCCAGCGUGAUCUGCAGGCAGCUGGGCCUCGGUGACAUCGGUGCGGCGUUGCAGCAGUCUCAGUUCGGCUCGGGCUCCGGCCUCUUCCACUACGAGCGUCUGGGUUGCCGCGGUGACGAGAACACUCUCAGUAAGUGCCGGAGCAGGACGUUCGUCACCGGCGACUGUAGCCAUGGCAACGAGGCAGCAGUGGUGUGCGCGCCACCAGAAGGAAGUGGCCCUCCGCUGCGAUUGGUCGGAGGCGAGGAAGACUUUGAAGGUCGAGUGGAGGUGUUUCACGCAGGGAGGUGGGGCUCCGUCUGUGACGACCAGUGGGACGACAGAGAUGCUGAGGUGGUGUGCAGACAGCUGGGUUUUGGGGGUGUUGCGAAGGCCUGGUCGUGGGCUCACUUUGGUCAGGGUUCAGGCCCGAUCCUGUUGGAUGCCGUGAAGUGCACAGGAAACGAGCUGUUCCUGGACCAGUGUCCCCAUGGCGACUGGGAGCAGCACAACUGUGACCACAUGGAGGAUGCUGGGAUCUCCUGCAGCCCUUAUACAGAUGGUGUGGUGCGUCUGGUUGGAGGAGACAGUCCCUGGGAGGGUCGGGUGGAGGUUUUCCACAACGGUGACUGGGGGACGGUGUGUGACGACCGCUGGACCCAGCAGCAUGCAGAGGUGGUCUGCAGACAGCUGGGCUACAGGGGUCACGCUGAGGUCGUAUCAGAUGGGACGUUCGGCGAGGGCGUCGGUCUGAUCCUGCUGGACGACGUCCACUGUGAGGGAUCCGAGACCUCCCUGCUGGACUGUCCACACGGGAUCUGGGGCCGCACCGACUGCUCACACAGUGAGGACGUUGGGGUUCGCUGCAGGAAACAGUCCACCCAAGAAACCAAUGAAGUGCCGGUUAUCGCACAUUCCACGGGUCCUCUGGUGCGUCUUGUGGGCGGCAGCAGCAGAAAGGAGGGUCGAGUCGAGGUGUAUCUCCAUGGCGACUGGGGAAGUAUUUGUGACUCAGGCUGGAACGACCUGAAUGCAGCCGUGGUGUGCAGACAGCUUGGACACAGUGGUGGAGCGGUAGCAGCCGGAGGGUUCGGUCAGGGGAAAGGGCCCAUUCACCUGGACCAGGUGAGGUGCACAGGGAAGGAGGAGUUCCUGGGCGAAUGUCCGUCUCUGGGUCAGAGCACCCUGGGCUGCAGACGCAGAGUGGACGCAGGAGUGAGGUGUGACGUCACACCGCGGCAGUCAGUGGUGAAGGCCAAGCCUCAGGAGCUGAGCUGUGGGCUGAGGAAGCUGGUGGAGGAGGAGGAGGGCAAGAGGAGGAACCAGGGGGAGGAAAACAUGCUGAGAACCACUUGGCCUUGGCAGGUGUCGGUGUGGCUCCAGUCUCAAGAGGGAGAACAUGGCGGCCCUCUCUGUAGCGGCACUCUGAUCAGCCCCUGCUGGGCGCUGACGUCCGCCUUCUGUGUCAGCAGGUUUGGCAGCGACCCGUCCAGGUACGCGGUGCGUGUCGGGGCUUCGGCGCAGACUCUGACCCCGGAGCAGGUGGUCGUCCACAGGAAGUUCAAAGGUCAGAGCGGAGGGCACGACCUGGCUUUGCUGAAGCUACCCAGCACCAAGGGUCACUGUCUGACCUUUGACCCCGACACCAACGCGGCGUGCCUUCCUGCUGCAGACGCAGCAUCAGGAGGGACUCCUCCAUCUUCUUGCGUUGUCAUGGUUACUGCUGGCUGGACAGGACCAGACUCAGUCGUUGCAUCCUGGGUCCCUCUGAUGUCGUCAUGGCAAUGUAAGAAGCGCUAUGGCGACAGCUUCUCCAGCCACGGCACCCUGUGUGCCGGCAGCCCUCCGGACACCAGCCUCCUCCGUGACGACAGUUGUCAGGGCAACUCUGGAGGCGGGCUGGUGUGUCAGGGGGAGAUGGGUCGAUGGGUCCUCACCGGGGUUGUUGCCGGGGGUUACGGCUGCUCCGGGCCCUCGUCUCCCGCGCUCUACACCCGAGUCAGCCGCUUCAGGAGCUGGAUCGAGGAAGUCAUCGACACACGGGCUCAUCCGGAGGAGCCGAACGCACACACAAACACACAAGAAGAUCUGACGCGUGCUGACGAUGACCUAACACGCACACACGGCGAGGGCAAGGAGGAAUACUUCCACGUCCACGGCGAGCUCAAACACGCACACAGUCAACAGGAAACGAAUGAAAUCAAUGAUCUCAAAGAGAAACACAGUCAUCAUUCACACACCAACCGGCACGUCAACACACACACCCGUCAUGUAGGGGAUGACGACACAAACACACAAGUUCUGGUCUGAUUUGAGGCCCUGCCAUUGGCUUACCAUCUGUGCCAUGUGACCACCUGAGGAGGAGGAAAGAGGGUUUAAAGGAAGACAGAAGUUCACUUUAAAAGAAAAGAAAGAUGCUCCUAACUUAGGUCAGAACAAACGGCCGUCUCUGUGUUGUGUUUGCGGUUUCUAAUCGUCGGACGAGUCCAGCAGUGUGGGCGGAGCUUCCUGAGAUGCCAAGACGAGCAGAGUGCGUGGUUGAUUUGUGGUGCUUUUACAUGUGAGUUACAGCCUGUUGAGAGGAAGAGCGACGACUGAUGGGGUCGGCAUGCUGAUCGGGGCCUUUCACUGAUACUGAAUAUCAACAAAAAAAAAAUAAUCAGCAUGGCAUGUAUUUUAAAGGACAAUAGUGUUAAAAAUAUUCUGGGGAUAUUUCUAAGAUGUUCACACAAGAAUCUAUGCUAAAAUUCACCAAUUAAUGUGUGUCUUCUGUGUGUGUAAUAAUACAGAUCAUCAAACUAACCACCAGAACAUCUAGAGUAAAGGCUGGCUGUAUAUCAUCACGGUCCCUCCACGAUCAAUGACUUAGAUUAACCCCUAAACUCCUGCAUCAGAUGUUCCAACAGGACUCGUCUCUCCAGGCUGUUGUCUUUUACAUUUACUGGUGAAAGUGCUGUUUGAUCCACGACGAAGCUAUUUUAAAGAGGACCAUAGCGGUUAUUCUUCAUGUUUUAGUGUUUUAGAUUUAUUCCCUUUAACAAUGAUGUAUACACUACUGCUGAAAGUGCAGAACGUAAAAGCCUUAAACACAACUGGGCUUUCAAUCUAUAGAAUAAUAAGGCACGCUUUUAUAAAAAAGCUUUAUAAAAUAAAUAGUUUGCAGUUAAAAGUGUUUAAUAAGAACAUCUUAUGA